AUGCAGAACCAGGAACCACAGAUCGGGCAUAUGCCUGUGGCGCAGCCCAAGAUGCCUGCCUCUUCCAGUCGCAUUCUUUACGACAUCCCUUGCAAAGUAUGUCGGGAUCAUUCUUCAGGGAAACACUACGGUAUAUUUGCCUGUGACGGAUGUGCAGGGUUCUUCAAGAGAUCGAUACGAAGAAAUCGUCAGUAUGUUUGUAAAGCGAAAUCUGAGGGAGGCUGCAUGGUGGACAAAACACAUCGGAAUCAAUGUCGGGCAUGUCGUUUGGCCAAGUGUAUUCAAGCUGGCAUGAACAAAGAUGCUGUGCAACACGAACGUGGCCCACGAAACUCGACUCUACGAAGGCAGAUGGCCUUGUAUUUUAAAGAACCCGAAAUGAUGGCCAACAUGGUGCCCCCACCAGCAGCGGCUUUGGAUCUAGUUUUGCCCAAACCAGAACCCCGGGUUUCUGUCGCAGCGCCAGCCCCUCAUCAUCCCCUUCCACACCCUGUUUAUUGUAAUAGCAUGGCCAUGUCGAAGAUCCCAGUCAGUAUGGCAGGCAUACCGUCCGUGCAGGUAAUCCCCGCGAUAACAGCGGAGUCCAUCUGCGAGCAAGCUGCAAGAUUGCUCUUCCUGAACGUGCACUGGGCAAGAGACCUAGCCGCCGGAACGAACCUAGCUCUCGAGGACCAACUGACCCUGCUAGAGUCCUCCUGGAGAGAGCUGUUCCUCCUCGCAGCCGCUCAAAUCCUGCCCACAUUGGAUCCAACCGCUUUGCUUCCUCCUGGUCCUCAAGGUCUCGGCCUAGCAGUCGAAGUGAAUCGAUUCAAGGAGACCCUGGCUGGUUUCCAUGCGAUGAGCCUCGAUCAGCACGAGUUCGCCUGCAUUCGAGCGAUCGUUCUCUUCAAGGCGGGUUUAGACAGCGAACCUCUACCGAGCAGCAGAAGCAGCAACGGUUCCGCGUCUCCCAGCACCGGAAGUAGGCUCAGAGAUCCUGCUGCAGUGGCAAGGUUAAGAGACGGGGCACAGUUAGCUCUUGGGCAAAGAUUGAGUGGCGCGUCCUUUGGAGCUUUGAGGUUUGGGAAACUUUUGCUGUUGCUGCCGUCGCUUCGUUCGGUGUCCACGCACGCGAUCGAGGAAUUGUUCUUCAGGAGGACCAUUGGAAUUAUCCCGAUCGAGAGGAUCAUUUGCGACAUGUACAAGGCUGCAUGAGCGGGUCGCUUGGAGUGGUAGAUUACAAUGAAAUGAAGUUUUGGUGCGGUAGAUCGUUAUAUUGCCGUGGAGAUUGUAGAGAAAGAUUUUUGGAAAUGUUGCUUUUUUGUGGUGGAUGAAAGUGGUUUGAGAUAUAGCUCAAGGUCAUUCAUAGUUAUUGCAAUUUGUAAUUAUUAUGACAAGUUGAUAUUACAACGCAUCAAUGCAAGGAGAUGAUAUGUCAAAGUUGAGAUUUCAAUACAAUGACUUUACUAUCUGUUGAUAUUGUGACGUGUUACUGCGAUGCAUUGACAUUAUAAUCAUAAUGUGAUAUCAGAAGGUGUUAGUAUUAUAACGGAUCGAUGUCUCAAUGAGUUGAUACGUGAACACAUCGACGUUUUAAUGCGUUGAAAUUACGGGUUGACAUUACAGAGAUAUGACAAUGCGUUGAGGUGACAAUGCGUUGAGGAUAAAACGCGCCGAUAUUACAAUCUACCAAUAUCCCUACGCAUUGAGAUUAUAUCGCGUCGAUAUUACAGCGCGUCAAUGUCACAAUCUAUCAAUAUCUCAACGCAUUGAGAUUAUAACGCGUCGAUAUUACUUCGUGUCAAUGUCAUAUUCUACCAAUAUCUCAACGCAAUGAGAUUAUAACGCGUUGAUAUUAGAGCGCGUCGACGUCAAAAUCUAUCAAUAUCUCAACGCAUUGAGAUUAUAACGCAUCGAUAUUACAACGCGCAAAUGUUACAAUCUAUCAAUAUCUCAACGCAUAGAGAUUAUAACGCGUUGAUAUUACAGUGCGUUGAUUUCACAACACAUCGAAAUCUCAACGUGUUGAUAUUACAACGCGUCGAUCUCACAAAUCAUCGAUAUCUCCACGCGUUGAUAUUACAGCGCGUCGAUUUCACAAUGCAUCGAUAUCUCAACGCGUUGAUAUUACCACGCAUCGAUUUUACAAAGCAUCGAUAUCUCAAUGCGUUGAUAUUACAGUGCGUCGAUUUCGCAACGCAUUGAUAUCUCAACGCGUUAAUAUCACAGCGCGUCGAUUUCACGACGCAUUGAUAUCUCAACGCGUUAAUAUUACAUCGCGUCGCUUUCACAACGCAUCGAUAUCUCAACGCGAUAAUAUUACAGCACGUCGACAUCUCAACGCGUUAAUAUUACAGCGCGUCGAUUUCAUAACGUAUCGAUAUCUCAAUGCGUUGAUAUUACAACGCGCCGAUUUCACAAAGCAUCGAUAUCUCAACGCGUUGAUAUUACAGCGCGUCGAUUUCACAACGCAUCGAUAUCUCAACGCGAUAAUAUUGCAGCGCGUCGAAUUCACAACGCAUUGAUAUCUCAACGUGUUGAUAUUACAGCGCGUCGAUUUCACAACGCAUCGAUAUUUCAACACAUUGAUAUUACAACGCGUCGAUUUCACAAAGCAUCGAUAUUUCAACGCGUUAAUAUUACAGCGCGUCGAAUUCACAACACAUCGAUAUCUCAACGCGUUGAUAUUACAGCGCGUAGAUUUCACAACGCAUCGAUAUCUCAACGCGUCAAGAUUACAACACAUUGACAUUACAUUUCGUCAACAUUGAAAUGCAUAAUUAUUACUACUCAUCGAUAUGACAACACAGCCAUCACAACGCAUUGAUAGUACAACACAUAAUUAUUACAACGUGUCGAAAUCCAUAUAUUGUCAUCACAUGACAAUAUAUUAUUACAAACGCGUCAUUGCAAGCCAUAAUUACAGCGUACGGUCACUACACACGUGAUCACAUAUCUCGUAACACGUGACGGUAUACUCUGCCAUUACAUGCCACGGUACUUCACAUAACGUUCAAUAUAUUGCAUAUCUGUGUUCUACAAAGAAUUUUUAGUUGCAUUCGUUGAUCACAGAAAAAUUGAUAAUAUUGCAAUGAUUUUUACAGUUGAUCUAAGAAGAAAUAGGAUUACAGCAAUAUGAGAACAAAUAGCAUUACAACCGGCAAUAUAACGAGACUCUACGGCACCUAAUCCUGAAAUGUCGAUGUUUUUGAAAACAAAACAGGCAAAGGCAAAUUAAAGCAUAACUUAUAUUAUUUAAUUGAAUCCCUAUCUUGCGAUUACAUUAAUUUUUACUUAUACGGAUUCUUGUUACAAGAGUCUCAACAGUUUAGACGAAGAUUUAAGUUUAUUAGAAAAUUUGAAUGUAGCGGAUUUCUUAAGAAAGUUUCAUUUGAUCAGCUUGUUGAGGAUGGAAAAGAAUAUAUAAAGCAAUGAUGAAUUUUAUUUUAGCAGAAUAGGAAAUCAGCUGUGAUGAAAACAUAUCACAAAGAAUAAACACGAGAGGAUGAAUAAAGAUGCAUCGAUUAUUUUUAUAUUAAUUAUAUCGAAUCGAAAGUGCGUACAUGGUACGACAAUCGCAAUAAUUCAGCAUCUACCUGUAACGGCUUUAACGAGGUAUCUUAUUAAUAACACGUUUUAUUCGAGCAAAACAAUCAAUGUAUAGGAAUGUUUGAUUUAAGAGAGUUAGAAUUUAGUGCCGUUUAUGAAAAAUACUUUGUUUUAGUCGCGAUCGUUGCAAUAUGAAAUACUUCAAAAUGUAAAACUUUAGGAGUUUUAGUUAGACUAAAAAAGAAGAAUGACUUAAGACGAAAUUAAUCGUGUAUAAAUGUAAAAUAUGGUAAAUCUGCAUGAAUGUUGA